GUAAUGUUUCUGUAUAAACAUACAUCUCUCUCCAUCUAUAAAGCUAUUAAACAAACAAAUAAAGAAAUAAAUAUACAGCCAUCAUUAACUAUUUCAUCAUCAUCAAUAUUUAAUCAUUUUAAUGUAGAAUUAAUUCCAUUUGGGAAAUUCACCCUGGGAGGUGGGUUUUUUCCAGGAAAAUAAACGGUUCUUUAUGCUGGACGUGUGCAUUUUGGACAUGCGCAGGAUUUAUAGCUGUUUUUAAAGCAUUUCACAGAGACUGAUCCUGAACUGCAGGUUUCUGUCAGGUUCACUGCAUCCUGUAUAUAUCAGUGGUUACAGAAUUAGAAUUGGAACCUUGGAAUCAGAACAUUGCGAGAUGAAAAGCUGAUCUGCAUCAGCACAAUCCACAUUCAGAUGAAAGUUGUACAUUCAGUAGCUCUGACUUGCAUAAAAACUGGACAGAAAAUAAGUAAACAGGAAGAAGAGAAGGGAAUGCAGAGGAAGGUGGACGGGAUGUCUUGCAACAUCAUCAAUGAGCUGCGGUUAGAGAAGAAGCUCUGUGAUGUAGUCAUCAUGGUGGAUGGCGCCAAGUUCCACGUGCACAAGAACAUCCUGUGCAGCUGCAGCCCAUACUUCAUGGUUCUCUUUACCAAAGGCUGGUACCCUCCUGAUAAGCUCAGGUACAGCAUCCCUAAUGUUUCCGCCGAGAUAAUGGAGCUGAUCGUGGAGUACGCGUAUAUAAGACGUGUUAACAUCACAGAGAAAAACGUGUGUAAGCUGCUGAUUGCUGCUGAUUAUCUGUUGGUGAGCAGCCUGGUGAACGAGUGCUGCGCGUUCCUGAAGGCUCAGCUGUGUCCAGAGAACUGCAUUAACCUCUGGCGUUUUGCUCACUCCUACUUCUGCGAGAAGUUGAAGCAGCAGGCCUUCCGGUUUAUCUUGCACAACUUUGAGGAGAUGGUGCGCCUCUCUGAGGACUUCCUGGACCUGACGGUCAUGCAGCUGAGCGAGAUCAUCGAGAAGGACGAACUGAACGUGAAACAGGAGAGCGUGGUGUUUGAAGCCGUCUUACAGUGGAUCAAACAUGAGCCAUGGAAACGGAAAGCACACAUAGGAGUGUUACUGCCCAAGGUGCGUCUGGGGCUACUGACACACGAUUACCUAAUGAACAAUGUGAGCAACAACGUUUUAGUGAUGGACGACAUGACAUGUAAGCCGAUCGUCACCAGAGUUCUGAUGGGCAUUGAUGACCUCAACCCAAGCCUUUCUCUCAGCUCUGAUCUCACGAGACUCCGCCUGCCCAGCGCUGUUCUGCUGGCCAUCGGUGGCUGGUACCAAAGGAAUCGCACCAAUGCCAUAAAGGCGUAUGAUACGCGAGCGGCACGCUGGGUAUGCGUCACGUGCACCGAUGAGAGUCCACCGUCUGCCCAUCACGGGACGGUGUAUCUAAACGGCUUCGUGUACUGCAUCGGAGGAAUCGACAGUGAGGAUUUCCUCUGCAGUGUGAGAAGGUUUGACCCCAUCACCAGAAUCUGGGCUCAGGUGCACCCCAUGCACUAUUGCCGGUGUGACGUGAGCGUGUGUGUGCUGGACAGUCGUAUCUAUGCAAUGGGAGGAUUUAAUGGCUUCGAACAUCUGAAUACGGUAGAGCGAUAUGAACCUGAGAAUGAUCGGUGGUGCAUGAUCGCGCCAAUGCAUGAACCAAGGAGUGACUCUAGCGCUACAGUACUGAAUGGCAAAGUGUACAUAUGUGGAGGGUAUGACAUUUUCGGGUGUUUGUUCACGGGGGAGUAUUACAGUCCUCAGACGGGAGCGUGGACCCUCAUCACCCCCAUGAUGAUCAGAAGGUGUGGACUGGGCGUGGUCGCGUAUGGAGGAUGGGUUUACGCUGUCGGGGGAAAUGAUGGUGUUAAUCACCUAAGCGAUGUAGAGGUGUAUAAUCCUCAGACCAACGUGUGGACACAAGGUCCAGCCAUGAACAACCAGCGCAGCCACUUCAGCAUUGAGGUGCUGGACGAUCUCCUGUUUGUUGUUGGAGGAGAGAACAGCACUACCAUCAUAGAUGAAGUGGAGUGUUAUGAUGAGCAGACUUCUGAAUGGCAUGCAAUUGAAAACAUGGGGAUUUCUUGCCAUGCUCUGAGCUGCUGUGUGCUGUCUGGUUUACCCAACAUGGCAGAUUACGCUGCUCCCCGAGACGAUCCCUACAGAGUCCCUCAGAGCUCACAGAGCACCAGAGGCUACCUCACACCUCCUGCCAACGUCUGAGACGUACAAAUAAACCUCUCCCUUCAUCAGAAUCCUUUUGUUCUCGAGAAUGAAAUUAACCAUUCUGAAGCAGUCAAACUACUGAAUUUGCCUUUGUUUACUCUCUUAUGCUGCAAGCCGUUGUACUGAAACUCGUAAAACCACAACGUCCCUCAUGGAGACGUGCAAUGGAACAGUCCUGAGAGCUCUCACACACACACGUACACAUACCUGAGAUCACAAUGACAUGGCGGCACUCAUGUGGUCAACGCUAAACAGAAUUCCCUUCACGUUAUUUUCUACGUGAUGAAACUCAACUUUGUUGACUUGUAGCUUUUGUGUCAUAAGUUCAGGUUUGUGACGUAAUUCCGCUGAUUUUAGCCCAAAUUCACUAAUUUGAUAAAAUCACUGUAACGGAUCAUGUUUACGAGCAAAGUUGAAGACAGGGGGUGUAUUAUACAUUAUUUCUCUCUGUGCAUCACAGGAAUAAUUCAUGUAAGUCUUAUUAAUAUGUUUAUCAAACUCAAAUAUGACCUUGUCAGAGUAUCCACAAUUAUUUCUGAGCCAGAACGCCUUUAGAUCGGAAUGCCGGAAAACGAGGAUGGGAGAGAGAGAAUAUGCGUGUGAGAGAGAGAUGAUGGAGAAAGAGAGAUGAAUGAAGAUUAGAUAGAAAGAAUAAAAAGCAGAAAGCAAGAGGGGGAAAAAAAGUGAAAGACAAACACACUACAUGAGGGACUGACAGAAAAAGUUUGAAACAAAAACGUGAAAAGAAGCGUAAAAAAUAUUGGAGAGAAAGAAAGAGCAAAAAAGGAACAAUAAAAAUGAUAAAUAUGAAAGAGAAAGAAAUCAUAGUAGAGGAAUAAAAAAAAGGUAGGACACAAUUGCUAAAAAGCAGGAGAAACCGUGGAAAAGAAGAGGAAGAGAGACAAAGAAAAAAAGAAAGAGAGGAAGGAGAAAAGCGUGAGAGAGGGAUGAAAGAAAUGAAGCGAGAUUAACGUUUCACCUUGAAGAUAGUUUUGUCAGCGAUGUACUUUAACAUCCCCUGUGUGAGCGGUGGCCUGAUCACUACGGCAACACAACCCUGGCUCGGGUUCAUCGGCUGGGCGGAGUCGUCCACGCCCACCUGUUCUUCUGUCACCAUGGCGACGGACUGCAUCAGACCCACCAGGUCCAUGAGGAGGGAGACAGCGACGGCGCGGAUGUUGAAGUCCAGCUCAGAGAAACAUGUUCAUCAGAGACUCGAGCCACCGAGGAGGCGGAGACACACCGCUGCUGUCUGACAUCACCAUCACCACACACACACACGUCCUUAAUAAUCAUACUAAUAUUAAUUAUUAUUGUUGAUGGUGAUGUUAAUAUUCAUCUAUAAGUAAUUAUACACUGUGAUUAGUAAAAACAAACAGCAAAUAAUAAAUAAAUCAGUAAUAUAAAUUAAAAAAACUAAGUAAAUCCAGAAUAAUAAUCAGAAAACUUUCAAUUAAACAAUAAUAUGCAAAUGUGAGAGUAUGUUCUGUUUAAUAUGCGCUGGUUAAAUAAAAUCAUUUUGGCAGCCGUUAACGUAGAUACACACUCCUUCUGUUCAAAUACACAGAUGUUCAAAGGUCUCUCUGUUAACUCCGCCUCCCCAUGGUUAGCCCCGCUCCCCGUGUGACCCGGGGCGAUGUAGAGCUCCAGCAGUCUGCACAGAAAGUGCUGGAAGUGCCCGAGGCAGUGCUGCAUCACAGGAGCAUCCAGAGAACCAGGCUGGAGUUUAGGAUCGGACUGGAGAGGGGCAUGGUCAUCAGACUCCGCCUCCUCGUACUGAACAAAAUCUGUAAAGCUGCUCUCUGGAGAACGAACUGCGGAGGGACUUUCCCUGUCCUCAAACAUGUCCUCGCUGACCGGGACAUCAAGACAUAACCGGGCUGGGGGGGAGAGAGAGAGACGAGAGAGAGAGAGAGAGAGAGAGAGACAUCUCUCGUCUCGAAGGGUUUUCUCUCCCUCACCUAGGGUUCUCUCUCUCUCUCUCUCUCUCUCUCUCUCUCUCUCUCUCUGUCUCACCUAGUAUUCUCUAUCUCUCUUUCUCACUCUCUCCCUCACCUAGGAUUCUCUCUCUCUGUCU